ACACGAAUUUCACACUCCCUAUUUCUCUAACCUCCGCCACUGCAAUUCAUUUGAUGAUUCCCUCCCAGUUCUUCUAAAUUCUUUCACUCAAAAAUCUCAUCAUCAUCAUCCAUAACAAGAUCCACCUUCCACCAUCAAAUCUCUCUGUUUCUUAACUGAAACCAAAGUUCGAUCUCGGUAUUCCACUGGUCUCUGUAAAUGAGGAGGCCCGGAGAAGGAACGACGCUCAAAAGAUUGCAUCAUAACCGACACCAGCUGAAGCAAGUUAAAGGACUGUUCGGAAAACUCGUAGUUGCAGCUAUCUUACUCAUUGCUCCGACUCUCUACUUCGUAUACUUCUUCAACACUAGUUCAUCAUCAUCAUCGGACUUUCCAUCUGAGAUUGAUGUUCAAAAACUCUGGGAUACAGCUGAUUCUGGUGGUUGGAUACCAUCAUCUGCUCCAAGAUCUGACUGGCCUCCUCCUCCAAAUGAGAGUAAUGGGUAUCUGCGUGUCCGUUGUAAUGGGGGUCUGAAUCAGCAGAGAACAGCGAUCUGUAAUGCAGUUCUUGCUGCCCGAAUUAUGAAUGCUACCCUUGUGCUGCCCGAGUUGGAUGCAAAUUCCUAUUGGCAUGAUGACAGUGGUUUCCAGGGUAUCUAUGAUGUUGAUCAUUUCAUCAAGUCAUUACAACAUGAUAUACAAAUUGUAAAAAGCAUUCCAGAAAUCGAGAAGAAUGGAAAGACAAAGAAGCUAAAAGCUUUUCAGCUUCGGCCACCAAGAGAUGCUCCUAUCCAUUGGUAUACAACAAUUGCUUUGGAGAAAAUGAAAGAACAUGGUGCAAUUUAUCUCACUCCUUUCUCCCAUAGAUUAGCAGAAGAGAUUGAUAACCCUGAAUAUCAACGGUUAAGAUGUAGGGUCAAUUAUCAUGCCCUAAUUUUUAAGCCACAUAUAAUGGAAUUAAGUCACAAAAUAGUUAAUAAACUUCGGUCACAAGGUCAUUUCAUGUCAAUCCAUCUUCGAUUUGAAAUGGAUAUGCUCUCUUUUGCAGGGUGUUUUGAUAUAUUUUCCCCCGAAGAGCAAAAAAUUUUGAAAAAAUACCGUGGUGAAAAUUUUGCCGAAAAAAAACUAAUUUAUAGCGAAAGGAGGGCUAUUGGAAAAUGUCCAUUAACUCCAGAAGAGGUGGGCUUGAUAUUACGUGCAAUGGGGUUCAACUCCUCGACCCGAAUAUACCUAGCCGCCGGUGAACUAUUCGGUGGUGAGCGGUUCAUGAACCCGUUUCGGUCCAUAUUCCCUCUCCUCGAAAACCACACGAGUGUGGACCCCACCACCGAUCUUAAAUCCAACGCUCAGGGCUUAAUCGGUUCAGCUGUCGAUUACAUGGUCUGUCUGUUAUCAGACAUUUUCAUGCCAACGUAUGAUGGCCCAAGUAACUUUGCCAAUAACCUUUUGGGCCAUCGCCUCUACUUGGGCUUCCGGACUGCGAUUAGGCCCGAUAGAAAAGGCCUUGCUCCUGUUUUUAUCGAUCGGGAAAAGGGUCGGGUUGAUGGGUUUGAAGAAGCGGUUAGACGGGUUAUGAUGAGGACUAGUUUUGGUGGGCCCCAUAAGCGCGUGUCACCCGAGUCUUUUUAUACAAAUUCUUGGCCUGAGUGUUUUUGUCAAAAGUUGGGUGUAAAUCCGGCUCAUAGAUGUCCGAAUGAUAUGAUGUAGGUAGGGUUUUGAGAAAUGAGAGUUAUUAGUAUUUUAGGUUUGAUUCUUUCUUGAUGUGGUUACAUUUGUAUUUAAGUCUAUAAAUAUACUUUGAUUUUGGAGUCU